AUCAGAUACAGCUGCAACAAGUUUCAGAGUUGAUGUCGGUUGGUUGAUAUGGCGUUGUAUGAUGCCGUGGUCGUGGGGGCCGGGAUAGAGGGGUCUGCCACGGCGUAUAACCUCGCUAAGAAUGGUCAGAGAACACUGCUUCUGGAACAGUUUCCGUUACCUCACUCGAGAGGGAGUUCGCAUGGGCAGAGUAGAAUUACUCGAGUAGCGUACGGGAAGGAUGACCAUUAUGCCAACAUGAUGAAGGAGGGGGGUAAAUUAUGGCGGGAGUUGGAACGAGAGUCCGGGACCUCUCUCUUUUUGAACUGCGGUUGUCUUGCUGUUGGUACGCCGGAUAAUCCUUUCAUCAAGGGCACUAUAUCGUCACUGGCUCGGCAUAGAGUUAACCACGACGUCCUUAGUUAUAAGAAUCUACAGAACAGGUACCCGAUGCUGUCGUUACCCCCCGAUCACGUGGGAGUGUUGGACUACAGCGGCGGCGUUCUCAUGGCAGAUAAAGCUCUGCAGGCAUUCCAGAAAAUGUACGUCCGAUAUGGCGGUGAGUUACGAGACGGAGAGAAAGUGAUUAACAUUAUUCCGGGUUCUGACGUCACUAUAAUAACGUCAAAGGGACAGUACAAAGCAAGAAAGCUUGUUCUUACGGUUGGGCCGUGGGCAACAAAACUUCUUCCUCAAUUAGGGAUACAUAUUCCACUGAAGGUUGUACUUAUUUCCGUACUUUACUGGAAAGAGAAAACGGCAGGAGAAUUUUCAUCUGAUCGUUUCCCAGCUUUCAUCCAUGAUGGAGAAGAUAUUCAUGUUUACGCACUGCCUAGUCUAGAAUAUCCAGGGCAUGUCAAAGUCUGUUUACAUGUUGGUCCUGUCACUAAUCCUGACAGUAGAGAUAAAGCAGACACACGGGAGGUCAUAACAGAGAUGCAGCAGUAUGUCAGCAAGUACAUGCCAAGUCUGAAAAGCACGCCCUCCAUCAUUGAAACCUGCAUGUACACAAACACCCCUGACAAACAGUUUGUGUUGGAUCACCAUCCUGCCUGGAAAAACAUCAUAAUAGGAGCAGGGUUUUCAGGACAUGGUUUCAAGCUGUCUCCAGUGGUGGGAAAAGUGCUGAGUGAGAUGGUUAUGGAUAAAUCACCUUCCUAUGACCUUGCUCCCUGUCAGAUAGACCGGCUCAUACAACCAAAGUCACAACUGUAGAACAGAGAAAUGUAUUCAAGACUACAAGCUCAUACAACUUCAGUCACAACUGUAGAAC